AUGGAGUCGUCAUCACCCCAUCCCAAAAAGCAAAAGCUACCCCCGCAAUCCACCCCGAGCCACGAUGCCUCACCAGCCAAGAAGCGGAAGCGUGAUCAUUCUCAAGCUGUCGAGGCCGCAGCAUCUUCACCAGCACCACCUCUGGCCGGGAAUGGACGAGGGAAAGACGGUGCAUGGAACCAGCAGGAAGCGCAGCACGAGACCGAAGCGUCCCCCUCCGCGGAUGAUGGCAUGUCCAAACUUGACAAGGCCAAAGCCAAGAAGCGCAGAAAGGAGGUGCAAAAGGCCAUUGUACGUUCUCGUACCCCUCUUGUGUGCAGAGUUGGCAUGUUUGGUCUGACCCGAAACGGAUUUGCUCGCACAGGAGAACCCUCCUUCCUUUGCCUUCGACACGCGCGGUUUUAAAGGCGGGAGAAUGAUUCAAAUCAAGGUCUGUCGCUGCUCAGGCGACCCCUUGCCCUUCCAUGCGAACUGUAUUGACAACUCCCUGCUUUCGUUUGCUGUUUCCACAGGACAUCCGCGACUUUGUACUGCAUUUGCUGUCCGAAGAAAAGGCCCAGCAAUGGCUCUAUGUCGCUGCAAGUCUUUGUUGGGGAUCUCGUCGGACUUUUUGGCUAUGACUCGGAAAGCUUAACCAAGCACAACCAUUCUUUAACCUCUUGCCUGUAGAACAAACGCAACGUUCAACGCGUCGUCGCAGUCAUGAUACCCGGUAUUACCUCCAGCACACUAGGAAUUCCGCCCCCACCUACUUCGGCCAAUCUCCCUUUCGCACUGAGCCCACCGGCAACACCAUCUCAGCUCCCGAUCUUCCAGACCCUCUUCUCUCAUGCAUGCCCAACCAAAGCACCCGGGGACAAGUACAAGCUGCACUCGUGCUACCAACACUUCAUCAAUUGUUCCCUUACCGGUGGCGAAAAGGACCGCAGGGAGAAAGCGAGGAAGGAACAGGGUCAACACAGAAAGACAGCCGACCCAUCCAUGUACCUCAUGACGCCCGAGCAGAUGGCCGAACAAGCCUACCCACUCCCGACUCGGUCUUCCUCCGAUCCUCUGAAGGUUUCAUUCGAAGGGUGGAAACGAGACGAUGGCUGGGUCGAGGCACCUUACCAGGCCCCGUUGCAGCAGGGGCAGAUCCCCCAGGUUUUGGGUAUCGAUUGUGAGAUGUGUCUCACAGAGGACGGCUCGGAACUAACGAGGGUCAGCGUCGUCGAUAUGCAAGGCAAGAGCGUGUACGACUCCCUGGUCAAGCCCGAUAAGCCUAUUCUCGACUACCUGACGAGGUCAGUUAUUGCUCCCGAAGCCUUCCCCAAGUCCGCAGUCAGAGCGAGAGGCAGCGGUCUACUUACCGUCUCGGGGAGUCACACAGGUUUUCGGGGCUCGACCAGGAGAAGCUCUCGAACGUCACGAAGCGACUUGAAGACGUGCAACGCGAUCUGUCCGAGCUCAUCUCUUACAACACCAUCCUCAUCGGACAUUCCCUGGAGUGCGAUUUGCGAGUCCUCAAGGUCCGUUCUCGGCCCAGCAGAGCACAUUCCUGGUAUCUGAAGCGCCACUCCUUUGCAAUCCCCACAGCUCGUUCAUUCCUUCAUCAUCGACACCUCGGUCAUCUACCAGCACCCUCGGGGGCCACCCUUCAAAGCUUCGCUCAAAUGGCUCGCUCAGAAAUGGCUCAAGCGAGAGAUCCAGAACAACACCUGUACCACCCCCGCCUCGAUUGUUCCUCCUGCUCCCACCUCUAUUGCUCCCUCCAAAGAUGCGCUCGCCGCUCUUGCAGCCUCGACUGGGACUGACCCCUCCGCUCCCACUGCACCUUCGAUCGGAGGCCACGACUCGGCCGAAGACGCCCUAACUUGCGUCGAUCUGCUCAAACUCAAGAUGGCCAAAGGGCCCGGAUUCGGCGAGUUCCAAAACGACCAAGAGACGAUCUUUGAGCGCCUCGGUCGAGGAACAGACAAGAAAAGAUGCACAGUCGUUGAUCACGGCACCCCCGGUCAAUGGCAUGGAGCCAAAGCCGACUCGGCGAUCGGAUGCACGAAUGAUGAUCAGGUUGUUGAAGGGGUGGAGCGGAGCGUCGAAGAUCACGACCUGAUUGUGGCGAGAUUCAUGGAUCUGAGCCACGCCCUCGGAUGUGAGCACUGCGAACCCCUUUCACCUUCAAGUGAAUCGAAAUACUUAUCGGCCUUCAUAACCUCCUUUGCUCCAGGGUCCCAACCGUCCAACGCCGCUCUCGGCAAAUCGUCUGCAACCCUACCCGGCAUCAAUGUCGUCCCAUCCACAACAAUUCAAGACGCCUCCUCAAGAUCCUCUUCUUCGCCCUCACUCGACGAGGUGUAUGCUCGACUCAACGUCCAAUUGACCAAGCUCCACGCCUCUCUCCCACCUCUGACGGCCCUCGUCAUAUUCACGGGCCACAAUUCACCGCUCGAGAUGAGCCGCUUGGCUGCAAAGAAGGCCAAGUUUGAUCGAUUGUGGAAGACGGUCAAGCAGAGCGAGAUCGCGGAUGAGGAUCGGUGGAUGGAAGCCGACGAUAGGACACUGCUGGACGAGGUUGAACGAUGUAGGACGGGGUUGAGCUUUUACUGCGUAAAAUGA